UGGGGUGGGGGGGUGAAGGAAAGAAAGAAAGAAAAGGAGAAGAAGGAGAAAGAGGAGAAGGAGGAGGAGGAGGAGAAGAAGUCGUCGGGCCUUGCUUUGCACGGAGGGGAGCAGGAGCAGGAGAGAGAGAGGCCCGUCUUUAUGAUCCAGAGGAAGCCUUUUCUAAUCCACUGCUACUGCUACUACUAGCUCUGCUGGCUAGCUACGUCUCCUGCAAAAAUCCAGAGAAGGAGCCAGCUCCUCACUCACUCACUGACUGACUGCGACAUAUAACAGUAGAAAAACCUCCCUGUUUUUGUUUUUUUUGUUUGUUUUUUUUCUCCCCCCCCCUUCUCCUCUCAUCAUUUACGCCAUAAAAGACUCCUGUCACCUGCUACAAUGGCUGCGAUUAUAAAAGAAAUGGUCAGCCGGAACAAAAGGAGAUAUCAAGAGGAUGGCUUCGACCUGGACUUAACAUAUAUCUACCCAAACAUCAUUGCGAUGGGCUUUCCUGCAGAGAGACUCGAAGGCGUGUACAGAAACAAUAUAGACGAUGUAGUACGGUUUUUGGAUUCAAAGCAUAAAAACCAUUACAAAAUCUACAACCUCUGCGCAGAAAGACACUACGAUGCUGCCAAAUUUAACUGCAGAGUUGCACAGUACCCCUUCGAAGACCACAACCCUCCUCAGCUGGAGCUAAUUAAGCCGUUUUGUGAAGACCUGGACCAGUGGCUCAGCGAGGAUGACAAUCACGUGGCGGCCAUCCACUGUAAGGCCGGGAAGGGCCGCACUGGAGUCAUGAUCUGCGCCUAUCUCCUCCAUCGUGGCAAAUUCCUGGAGGCCCAAGAAGCGCUUGAUUUUUACGGUGAAGUCAGGACAAGGGACAAGAAGGGAGUAACGAUCCCGAGCCAGCGCCGCUACGUCUACUACUACAGCUACCUACUGAAGAACCAGCUAGAGUACAAGCCGGUGGCGCUCCUCUUCCACAAAAUGGUGUUCGAGACUCUCCCCAUGUUCAGCGGGGGCACCUGCAGGGACAGUGCCGUUAAAAACAGGAGCGAGCCGACCCCUCAGGGCUUCAAGAAAGGGAAUUGGCAUUGGGAUCCCCAGUUUGUGGUGUACCAGCUGAAAGUGAAGAUUCACACGUCGAACCCCACUCACACGCGGCGCGAGGACAAGCACAUGUUUUUCGAAUUCCCCCAGCCGCUGCCGGUUUGUGGAGACAUCAAGGUGGAGUUCUUCCAUAAACAGAACAAGAUGAUGAAGAAGGACAAAAUGUUCCACUUCUGGGUGAACACCUUCUUCAUCCCUGGACCAGAGGAGAGCGGGGACAAGAUGGAGAAUGGGGCGGUGAACAAUGCAGACAGCCAGCAGGGGGUACCGGCAACGGGCCAGGGCCAGCCGCAGAGCGCCGAUUGCAGGGAUAGCUGCAGGGAAAGCGGCAGGGAAAGCGACCGGGACAGGGACUACCUCAUCCUGACGCUCACUAAGAACGACUUGGACAAGGCCAACAAAGACAAAGCUAACCGCUACUUCUCGCCAAACUUCAAGGUGAAGUUGUAUUUUACGAAAACCGUGGAGGAGCCUUCGAAUUCUGAGGCAAGCACUUCGACAUCCGUCACGCCGGACGUUAGCGACAAUGAGCCAGACCAUUAUCGAUAUUCAGAUACCACUGACUCUGAUCCAGAAAAUGAACCUUUUGAUGAAGAGCAGCACACGCAAAUCACAAAAGUGUGAACUCUUUUUAAACAGGAAAAGAAGAAAUUAUACACCAGAAAAAAAAAGGAGAAAACUUGAAUAUAAACUCAAAAGAAGAACCUUUUGUCCCUUCCCUCCCCCAGACGGCAAUAGAAUAUCAUCAUGUCAAAUGCCAAUUUUAGGGAAAAAAAGAUAAAUAUCCUGACCAAUAUAUUGUUUUUUUGUUUUGUUUUUUUUAAUUUUAUUUUUCUUUUUUUCUUUGGCACGGCCAUGUACCAUGUGCGAGGUAUUGACACUGUUGCCCCAUGGGAAAAGGUGCUGUAGCUAUUAAAUGUAUUUAUAUAUAUAUACAUAUAUACACACACGUAUAUGUAUAUACAUAUAUACAUGCAUAUAUAAACAAACUUUUUGUGUCAAAGACAAUGGAAAGAGUACCACAAUCAGGAGACGGGAGUUGAAGUGUGGGAGAAGUUAGAAAUGAUAUACUAGGACUAUGCUGCUCCUUCUCCUGUCUAAACCAAGGCCAGUGCUGCAGUCACUUUGUUUCACUCCCUCUCUUCUCCUCCUCCUCCUCGCCCCUCCUUCUCCUCUCAUCUUUUACUCUCCCUCCCCUCCAUCCUAUCCUCCCUUCCUAUCCUCCUUUACUGUGAAUGCUUCUUGUGCUCUUUGCAGGCUGUCUCACGUGACUUUUGGUCUUUGUGCAGUGCAAACUGCAUGCGGGCAGUGGGUUGGGGGUGGGCGGGGUUAUGAAGAGGCUGUGAUGAUGUCUAAAGCAUUGCCAUUCCUGUUCCCACUGUGUAUACGUUUAAAUUAUGCAGAACAAGGCAUCCCAUGUAAUUGUUAAUGUUUUUUUUUUUAUCCUAAGAUAAUAAAAAUAUAAUACACAAAACAGCAGGGAGACAAGUGUUUGCAAUAAUGUCAACACUACAUUUUAAAGGACAAUGGUGAUUUGCAUGUAUUGGAAUUGGCGUCCAUCCCUAAUAAAUGUAUGCAAUGUUGUCUUUUCUUAAAGAAA